UGCAGGCAGGAAGGGCGAGUCCCGUCGUCUCCCGGCUUGGCCUUCCGAGAGGAGCGGCGACCGAGCGGCCAUAGCCACCAGCGACGCCGGCGAUCGGGAUGUUCAGCUGGCUGGGGAAGCAGGGCGGGCGGCAGCGCAACGGCGAGACCGAGGACGUGGUGCAGACGGUGACGGGCGGCCUGCAGGAGCUUUAUGCCAAGAAGCUGCUGCCGCUGGAGGAGCACUACCGCUUCCAUGAGUUCCACUCGCCCGCCCUGGAGAGCGCCGACUUCGAGAACAAGCCCAUGGUGCUCCUCGUGGGCCAGUACAGCACGGGCAAGACCACCUUCAUCAGGUAUCUGUUAGAGCAAGAUUUUCCUGGGAUGAGGAUUGGUCCAGAGCCAACUACAGAUUCUUUUAUUGCUGUGAUGUAUGGAGAAACUGAAGGGAGCACUCCUGGUAAUGCUCUUGUGGUGGACCCAAAGAAACCAUUCCGCAAACUCAGUCGUUUUGGCAAUGCAUUCUUGAACAGGUUCAUGUGUGCUCAGUUGCCUAACCAGGUUCUGAAGAGCAUCAGCAUCAUAGAUAGCCCUGGCAUCCUUUCAGGAGAGAAACAGCGCAUCAGUAGGGGCUACGACUUCUGUCAGGUCCUGCAGUGGUUUGCUGAAAGAGUGGAUCGUAUUAUCCUCUUAUUUGAUGCUCAUAAGCUUGAUAUUUCUGAUGAGUUCUCAGAAGCAAUCAAAUCAUUCCGGGGCCAGGAUGAUAAGAUUCGAGUAGUAUUGAACAAGGCUGACCAAGUGGACACCCAGCAGUUAAUGAGAGUUUAUGGUGCACUCAUGUGGUCCUUGGGAAAAGUGAUUAACACUCCAGAGGUAUUGCGGGUCUACAUUGGCUCUUUCUGGGCUCAGCCCCUGCAGAAUACUGAAAACAGGAAACUUUUUGAGGCAGAGGCGCAGGAUCUGUUCCGGGACAUUCAGAGCCUACCUCAGAAGGCAACUGUGAGGAAACUCAACGACCUUAUCAAGAGAUCACGACUUGCAAAGGUACAUGCUUACAUUAUUAGCCAUCUAAAGAAGGAAAUGCCUGCUGUAUUUGGAAAAGAAAAUAAGAAGCGAGAACUCAUCAACAACCUUCCUGAGAUUUAUCGUCAGUUGCAACGGGAACAUCAGAUCUCCGCAGGGGACUUCCCAGAAGUCAAGAAAAUGCAGGAACAACUGGAAGGGUAUGACUUCACCAAAUUCCACUCCCUAAAACCGAAGCUGAUUGAAGGUGUAGAUAACAUGCUGUCAAAUAAAGUUGCUUUCCUAAUGAAUCUGAUCACCCAGGAAGAGCGCAGCAUGCCUACACAGAUGGUUCAAGGUGGGGCAUUCGAUGGCACCACAGCAGGACCAUUUGACCAUGGCUAUGGGGAAGGUGCCAAAGAAGGAGCUGAUGAAGAGGAAUGGAUUGUUGCUAGAGAUAAACCUGCAUAUGAUGAGAUUUUUUACACACUUUCUCCAAUCAAUGGCAGAAUCUCUGGGGCCAGUGCAAAGAAGGAAAUGUUGACUUCUAAACUGCCAAACAGUGUCCUGGGAAAAAUCUGGAAGCUUGCAGACUGUGAUUGUGACGGUAUGUUGGACGAGGAAGAAUUUGCACUAGCAAAACAUCUCAUCAAGAUAAAAUUGGAGGGAUAUGAACUCCCCAGUUUCUUACCACCCCACCUUGUGCCUCCAUCACAUAGAAAAUCUUUGUAGGUGAAGCAACAAGACAUAUUGUGAAAAUGUUAAAGUAUGUUAUAAUGAAAGCCAUGUAAAUGUUUAACAUACCUGAGAUUACAGUUAUUUGCAAGGCUUUUUAGGGCAACUUCAAAGGAAUGCAAAAGUCACUUAUUUAUUUUUUUAAAAUCAUGAAAGGCAUAAUGGGAAAUGUUCAUUGGGAAGUAGCUAUGUCAAAUGCACCUUCCCAGUGUUUGUUCAACAGAUAUAUACUCAGUGAAAUAAACCAAUGCGUAGUGGUCAUUAUAAUUUUGCAUUUUAUGAUAUGGAAACACUUUUUGACUUUUGAAGCAUCCUUGAAUUAAAUGCAAGAUUCCAAACAAGUUACAAUGAGCAGUAUAGCAUAUGAGGAACCUGUGUCUAUAAUUCUGAAAGCCCUUCACUAAAAGGUUUUGUCCAAGUGCCUUUUAAACUACCUGUAAUUUGUGCAGGGGGCAGUGGGAGGAUUAAUGUUGUGUUAGCCAGUUCUCACUGUGCUUGCAAUCAAAAUAUUGAAAUGAGUUUGGAUAGGACUGACAUAAUUUCAGUUAUACAAAAAUAAGAGAGAGUGAAAGAACUUUAAUAAUGUAAUACAGGGACUCCAUUCUUUAAAAAAAUUAAAACUGCCUUCUUCUGGAAGGUAUCAGUUUGUCCACCCAUUAUAGUUGACAUGCCUUCAUGAUGCACCAGAAUCCACAAAUAUGUAUUCAGAUGUAUAAAGAUGUGUUUUAAGUAUGGCUUUACUAUUUUGGACAGAAGUUACAAGCAUGUUUUGGACUAAAAGUUCUUUUAAAAUUUCCAUGUUUUGGGAAGGAAGAGGGAAAGCUUAAUGAGAAAGAUAAUUUGCACAAAUCUUGAAUUCAGUUCAGGAAUUCACUGAUUAUAAUUAUGUUUAUAAUUAGUAUAUUUAUAUUAACAUUUGAAAAUAUAUCAGUUUUUUAGCUACUGAAGCGAUUAUCCUGUUUAUCUUCCGAGGGAGGGAGCACCACUAGAUCAGAUAAAGGGUCGAUUUAAUCCUUCUCUGUAGAUUUCUCCAGUUCCCUUUAAAAACCAUCUACGGCUGUUGCCUAUGCCAUAUUUAAUUAUGGUGAAUUGCUUGCAUUAAUUUUGCAUUGUUUGACUUUCUUCAAAAUACUGUGAAGCAUUUGUAGCAGCAACAAAAUGUCAUUGGUUUUUCAUAUGUCCUAUCCAUGCAGAUAUUAAAAUGUUCAACCAAAGAAGUACUGCUUUGCUAAGAGGUUAACUAAUAUUUGAAGGAGUUACCUUGUGGGUAUAUGUUUUGUCAAUAAAGGGAAUGUUGACUGAAA